GCUGACUGUUUGUUAGUUGCAGGCCAGCACUGGACCAUCCUCCCCACAUCAGAAGCUAGAGAGGUUGUUGACAGAGAGGGACUACUACCACAAGGAGAUGUGUCGUCUGCUAGACAUCCUAAACAAGACACAGUCAAAUCAGUCAGCUCACCAAGAAUGGGAGAAGAAACUAGCAGUAAAAGAAGAUGAAAUAAAUGUACUUCGAGGAAAAAUAGCAGAUUUGCAACAUAAAUUGGUCCUCCAAGUUCCUGACACGAACAAUGAAGUUUUGAAAAAGAUCAAUGCCAAAGAAGAAGACAUACAAGCACUUUCAAGCAAGAUCAGGCAAUUGGAGGCCCAGAUUUCCAAUGGUUCUACAAAAUUGAAUGAAGAUUUGAAAAGAAAACUUGAUAUAAAAGAAGAAGAAAUUUUAAACUUGAGAGAAAGAUUGAAAAAUUCAGACAAAUCUCAAACAUAUCAUGAUCAGCAUCAACAAGUCAGUGAUCUUUGGAGAAAGCUGAAUCUAAAAGAAGAAGAAAUUUUGACACUAAGAGAAAAAAUUCGCGAUUUGGAGAGAAACCCGAUGCCUAUGGAUUUUGCCUUAACAAACUCUGAACUUUGGAGAAAGUUACAUUUGAAGGAAGACGAGCUUGCCCGAAUGCAAGACAAGAUAAGAAACUUGGAGCAGAACCACUCAGACUACUCAUUAUUGAAGAGGAAAUACAAUGAAAAGGAAGAAGAAAACUUGUGUUUAAGAGAAAAAAUAAGAGAGUAUGAGUGCAACAGGUGUAGUGGUAGCGGAAUGAGCCAGGCACUGGUGACCAAGCUGGAAAUGGAGCGAGAAGCAGCCAAGGGGGAUUGUGUGAGAUUACGAGAUGAAAACAACGCACUUAGAGACGACAUCAAGAGGCUGAAGGAACACCAGCACUGUGAAGAGGUUCGUCUAGAGCAAGCCAAGAAGGAUUUCGACUGCUGUGUGUCUCAGUUUGAGGUGGAACGUCGAGGCUUCAACAAUGAGAUCUCUAGACUGUCGGAGGAGUUAAGGCAGAGUAAAGACAGGGCUCGGGAACUACAGACAGAGGCUAGCGAGCAACGUACUCGCUGCAACCACUUCAAAAUGGUCAAUGAACAGACAGAACGUGAACUACGGACAACACAAGACCUGCUACACCAGACAGAGGCAGAGCUCGCUAGUGCACUAGACAGAGUCAGCGAACUGAACGACGAGCUUCACAAACGCGAUUGGGAGCUCAAGGAAGCUCGCCAGGAGAAGAACUGUUUGAAGAAUAACCUGAGUAGACUAGACCAGGAGAAGGAUGCGUUACUGCUUAAACUGGAUGAAAAAACAGAACAGAAUGUGAAGCUGGAGAGGGAACUGGAGAACAGGGAUCACAGAAUCGCAAGUCUGGAAGGAUUCAUAGCUGACCUACAGAAGAAACUUGAUGUGGCGCUAGACACAGCAGCUCGCAGUGAACACUCGUCCAGACAACACACACUGGAGACUGACAGACUACGCAAGGAGCUGGACAAGAUGGAGAGAUGCAGGGACAAUGCUGUUAGGGAGAUCAGCCGGCUACAAAAUGACCUGGCGUCAAUAACAGCUGAUCAUACCCAGACUAGUCGUUGCCUGGAAGCAGCCCGUAGUGAGGUGGAGGAUCUCAAACUGCAGGUACAAGGAUAUGUUACUGAAGUCAGAAGAAUCACCAAUAUUCUGGAAGAAAAGGAGGCAGAGAGGACGGCCAUGUUGGAUCAUUUCCGCACACUCACAGUAGAGUCGGCAAACCUCGAGUCAAACAACCAUAGUCUGGAGAGUGAAGCCCGGUCAACAAAGAGUAAUUUGAGGGAAGCUCAGACUCGUAUACAAGACUUGGAAGCUACUCUGGAAGAGAAGAAGGCUCUGGUACACGGAUAUGAGAAACAAAUAAGAGAGCUGACCCAGCAAGUGGCCAAGCUGGAGAGGAAGCUAGACUCUCAGUCGAGAGCUGGAAGUGCGACGAGAGACUUGUCACGAGAACUGGAGACUCAGAAACAUUGUCUUGCACAGCAAGUUGACCAACUGACAUGUGUGAACAAACGAUUGGAGGAGGAAGUCUGUGGGCUGCGGGAGGAGCUGUCUCACCUUCAGGAACAACUGGGGAAAGAGCGUAAAAACUCUGCUACACUAGAGAAGGUGUUGGCUAGCAGCAGACAAGAAACUCUGCAGCGGACCAGAGACAACGGUGAGCUGCAGACACAAGUGCAGUGUUUGCAGGACAGACUGCGGGAUCUGCAGGAUAAACUUGAGCAUGGGUCUGAUGCCUUACGUCGCUGCCAGACUGAAUGUGCUGACUAUCAAGCCCAAGUCACUCAGCUGAAGAGGGAUGUAACCAAUGAGCGAUUCCAGCGAGCCAGGAUUGACGAGAGUAGAAAAUCUCGUUCAAUUCUACGAAGUAAGAAACGUUUGACAAGUCAACGCUCCCAAUCACUGAUCUGUCAGAGAACAAGAAUGAUGAGUCCUAACUAUGUUUGUCCUUGUUGCUUCCUCAACCGAAUAUCCAUCCUGCGUGAAUCCAGGGGUUCUAGUGAGGUUCAGUUCCAGUUUAAGCCCAGAGUAAGUUCAGAAACAGUAACUUUCGAGGCAGUGGAAACUGAGAGCAAAACUUCUAUGUCCACACAACAGACAUUUAGUGAUACUUCUGGGUUUAACAAUCUAAGUCAGUUAGGGGAAGUUAUGGACAAGUCUGUGGCCCAUAUGUCUAACUAUUCCAACUGUUCAAACACAAACUAUGUGUCAGGGAGUUCAAUGGAUUGUAAUAAAAAAUCUGUACUUCUGGCUGAGCAGAUAGACUGUGUUUUGAAGGAGCAAAAGAAAUUCUUGAGAGAGCUAAAUUUAGAUAUUCCUGUCAAUGAAGAAGAAUGGUCAAUGCUGAUAGGAGAACAAAGUGUGCAAGCAAAGUGUGGGGAUUACGACAAAAAUACAAAGACAAAUCAAAAGAAGAGCAAACGCAGCAAACAAGAUUUUGUCAAACAGUUUAGAACAGACCAAGUGAUUGAUUCUUACUUUGCUGGAGGAGACAAAUUGUGUCCAACAUCUAUAAAUAUGUUUGGUGAAAAUUGGAAAGAAGACGACCUUGUUGAGGAUAGUAAUUUUUCUAAGAUAAAUAAGCCAACGAUAUAUUUUAACGAAGAACCAGUUAAGUUACCUAAACCCUUUCAAUGCACUCUUACUACAACUGAGUCAGAUAUCAAUAGAGAUUAUACAACGGAUAAAAACGUAAGUGUAAAAUUACUGUUUUUCCCAGAAGUUCCAUUGAAAGGUAGUUCAACUUCUAUGCUCUCUGAUGGUGGAAUGUCGUCAGCUUCAGUUUAUGUGACGGCUACAAACAGUGCCUCUGAACAAGUUCCUAUGAUUUACAACACAGCUGAUUCUAGUUCAAACUUCCAACUGAAUGCAACUCAAUCCUCCGCAACAAUGAGUUAGACUCAAGUGUUUGUUCCAACUGGUGGUGAUGAAUGUAAAAUAUACAGGUAUUUAUUGAUGAAACUCACUUUGUAAUUUGAAAUAUAAUAUUCAAACAUUGAGGAAACUGGAAA